CGAACGCAUGGCUGAGCUGCCGCCUGGCUCUCUCCCUACUUCAAACACCGUUCGCCACCCAACUCCUCUGGCAACGCCAUUGCGCGUGGCACUGUGUUGGAUUCUACGUGUGUGGCACCGGAGUCAGGGAAUCGGGGGAGAAAAAGAAUUUCCUCCGUUUCCCGCGGAGUCUCCCUCGGGCGGGGGCGAAGCCGCCAAGGGCAGUGCGCCCUGGCGGUACCCGGGGGCGCUCCUUCUCUGCAGCUUUACGCACGGGCGGCGCUGCGCAGCCAGGCACAGUGGUGCCCGGGGUGGGCGGGAGGUGCCAGGUGGCCAAGGGGCCGUAGGGUGGGAGCUGCCUUAACUUUGAUCCGGCCGCGGAGGGGGUGGGGGGAAGCCGCCGCCGCCGCCCCGCCCGAGCUGGGUGCCGCGGCUCUCGGCUCUGCGCCGCGCGUCUCCGCGGCUGCCUCUUUAAUCAGGAACACAGAAGGGGCGGGCCCUGAGCCGGCGCGUAAUCGGAUAGCUCUGCCGCGGCUCUGACAUCCACAUGCUGCUCGGCCUGAAAAGGCAGGGGGGAGCCGGAGGGGAAGCAGAGAACGCGAGCGAGGCACCAGCCCGCAGCCCGCCCCCAGCACAUCCUCAGACGCGCAGACACUGGGCAAGGCGCUGGGCGAGGUGGAGGUGAGGGCGGGCGCGAGCGAACUCGGAGAGGGGCUCGCUCACUCCCAGGCGAUCCCAGCCGCCGCCGCACCAGCAGCAGCAACAGCAGCCGCCGCCGCCGCCGCAGCUUCCUUCCUCAGACUCCCCUCGUGAGGCUGGCCGAGCGGGUGUAGCCGUUAGGGAAGGCUCCCGCUAGGGGAACGCAACGAGGGCAAGAACUGGGCGGCCGCCUCCCACUCGGGCCGUCCGGCGGUCGGUGCCUCCGCCCGCGUGUCGGUCCCGGGUGCCGGGGGAUGUGUGUCAGUUUACGCCUCUGAGAUCGCACAGCUGCCUGGGGGCCGUGUGAUGCCCAAGGCAAGUCUUGGCUUUUAUUUUUAUUAUUUUUGUCUUGUUUUACCCUUGGCUUACGGGAAAUAUUCGUGAUGUUGUAGGAUAAAGGAAAUGAUACUUUGAGGAACUGGAGAGGACAUAGAUGCGUUUUGUUUUUAGGAGAGGAAACGCGUCCUCUCUUCUUGGCUUGCUCCCUCUUUGCUGACUUCAGGAGCGACCCUCCUUCCUCCUGGUGAGGUGGGGACCCAGCAAGAAGAAAGGUGAAGACCGGCCGCCAAGAGCCAGGAGGGAAACACUGACCAGUAGAAACCUUUGCAGAGGACACUGCAAGGAAGAACACAAGAGAGAGAAAAACACAAAAGACUUCUAAUUGUGCAAGAAAGCUACCAAAACAGCUCUGGAGAAAGCCUCCUUCUCCAACAUGGAUAUGUUUCCUCUCACCUGGAUUUUCUUAGCUCUCUACUUUUCAGGACUCCAAGUGACAGGCCAACCAGAUCCACCCUGUGGAGGUCGAUUGAAUUCCAAAGAUGCUGGCUACAUCACGUCCCCAGGUUACCCCCAGGAUUAUCCAUCCCAUCAGAACUGCGAGUGGAUUGUUUAUGCCCCCGAACCCAACCAGAAGAUCGUUCUCAACUUCAACCCUCACUUUGAAAUUGAGAAGCACGACUGCAAGUAUGACUUCAUCGAGAUUCGGGAUGGGGACAGCGAGUCCGCAGACCUCCUGGGAAAGCACUGUGGGAACAUCGCCCCACCCACCAUUAUCUCCUCGGGCUCCGUCCUCUACAUCAAGUUCACCUCCGACUACGCCCGGCAGGGGGCAGGCUUCUCCCUGCGCUACGAGAUCUUCAAGACAGGCUCCGAAGAUUGUUCAAAGAACUUCACAAGCCCCAACGGGACCAUCGAGUCUCCUGGGUUCCCUGAAAAGUACCCACACAACUUGGACUGCACCUUCACCAUCCUGGCCAAACCCAAGAUGGAGAUCAUCCUGCAGUUCCUGACCUUUGACCUGGAGCACGACCCUCUGCAGGUGGGAGAGGGAGACUGCAAAUACGAUUGGCUGGACAUCUGGGAUGGCAUCCCGCACGUCGGGCCCCUGAUUGGCAAGUACUGCGGGACCAAAACACCUUCGGAACUCCGUUCGGCCACCGGGAUCCUCUCUCUGACCUUUCACACGGACAUGGCGGUGGCCAAGGAUGGCUUCUCUGCACGUUACUACCUGGUCCCCCAGGAGCCGCAGGACAACUUUCAGUGCAAUGUCCCCCUGGGAAUGGAAUCUGGCCGGAUUGCUAAUGAACAGAUCAGUGCCUCAUCCAGCUACUCAGACGGGAGGUGGACGCCUCAACAAAGCCGGCUCCAUGGUGAUGACAAUGGCUGGACACCCAACUUGGAUUCCAGCAAGGAGUAUCUGCAGGUGGACCUGCGCUUUCUCACCGUGCUCACGGCCAUUGCAACGCAGGGAGCAAUUUCCAGGGAAACGCAGAAUGGCUACUACGUCAAAUCGUACAAGCUGGAAGUCAGCACCAAUGGCGAAGACUGGAUGGUGUACCGGCAUGGCAAAAACCACAAGGUGUUCCAAGCCAACAAUGAUGCCUCGGAGGUGGUUCUGAACAAGCUGCACGCACCUCUGCUGACGCGCUUCGUCAGGGUCCGCCCACAGACCUGGCACGCAGGCAUCGCCCUCCGCCUGGAGCUCUUCGGCUGCCGGGUCACAGACGCCCCCUGCUCCAACAUGCUGGGGAUGCUCUCGGGCCUCAUCGCCGACUCCCAGAUCUCAGCCUCCUCCACCCGUGAGUACCUCUGGAGCCCCAGUGCCGCCCGCCUGGUCAGUAGCCGCUCGGGCUGGUUCCCUCGCAUCCCUCAGGCCCAGCCAGGUGAGGAGUGGCUUCAGGUGGACCUGGGAGCACCUAAGACCGUGAAAGGAGUCAUCAUCCAGGGGGCCCGGGGAGGAGACAGCAUCACCGCCGUGGAAGCCAGGGCGUUUGUGCGCAAGUUCAAAGUUGCCUACAGCCUCAACGGCAAGGACUGGGAACAUAUCCAGGACCCCAGGACCCAGCAGCCGAAGCUGUUUGAAGGGAACAUGCACUAUGACACCCCUGACAUCCGGAGGUUCGACCCUGUUCCUGCGCAGUACGUGCGGGUGUACCCUGAGAGGUGGUCGCCAGCGGGCAUUGGGAUGCGGCUAGAGGUGCUGGGCUGUGACUGGACAGACUCGAAGCCCACGGUAGAGACGCUGGGACCCACUGUGAAGAGCGAAGAGACCACCACCCCCUACCCCAUUGAUGAGGAGGCCACGGAGUGUGGGGAGAACUGCAGCUUUGAGGAUGACAAAGAUUUGCAACUCCCUUCAGGAUUCAACUGCAACUUCGAUUUCCCCGAGGAGCCCUGUGGUUGGGUGUAUGACCAUGCCAAGUGGCUCAGGAGCACCUGGACCAGCAGCUCCAGCCCCAGCGACAGGACUUUUCCAGAUGACCGGAAUUUCUUGCGGCUGCAGAGUGAUGGCCGGAGAGAGGGCCAGUACGCGCGGCUCAUCAGCCCGCCCGUCCACCUGCCCAGGAGCCCCGUGUGCAUGGAGUUUCAGUACCAAGCCACGGGCGGCCGCGGGGUGGCGCUGCAGGUGGUGCGCGAGGCCAGCCAAGAGAGCAAGCUCCUCUGGGUCAUCCGCGAGGACCAGGGCAGCGAGUGGAAACACGGGCGGAUCAUCUUGCCCAGCUACGACAUGGAGUACCAGAUUGUGUUCGAGGGAGUUAUCGGAAAAGGACGUUCAGGAGAAAUUGCCAUUGAUGACAUUCGGAUAAGCACCGAUGUCCCACUGGAGAACUGUAUGGAACCCAUCUCAGCUUUUGCAGGGGGCACCCUCCUACCAGGGACGGAGCCCACAGUGGACACGGUGCCCGUGCAGCCCAUCCCAGCCUACUGGUAUUACGUUAUGGCCGCCGGGGGCGCCGUGCUGGUGCUGGUCUCCGUCGCACUGGCCCUGGUGCUCCACUACCACCGGUUCCGCUAUGCGGCCAAGAAGACCGAUCACUCCAUCACCUACAAAACCUCCCACUACACCAACGGGGCCCCUCUGGCGGUGGAGCCCACCCUAACCAUUAAGCUAGAGCAAGACCGCAGCUCGCACUGCUGAGGGCCGAAGCAAGGACGGCACCCAAAAACAAACAAGAAAGACUGCAAACACGUUGCCUCGAUUUUGCACUUUUUUUCUCCUCGCCUAGUCUCUGUGUGAACGCUCAGACAUCUCUCUCUCUCGGGGCCCAAACCCUGUGCGCUCUUAUCCAUCCCGACCAUUCUCCUUGGGUUCUUUUUUUCUUUUUUUUUUCCCCCCCCCUUUGGUUGCUUCCAACUCCCCCGCCCCCAACUCUAAUGCUGCAUCUUGGAACACGAGAAGCACUUCACAACUCAAGGCUCACCGUUUUCCUUCCGGAGACUGGUUCCCUGUGUCUUCCCCUUGCCUUAUCCCGGCCCUCCUCCCGGUGGGCAGCCCGCCCGGAGACUCGAGGGGAGACCCCAGAUCUGUGUGUUUGUACAUAGUACACAUCUGCGCGUGUGAAUAGCUCUGUGUGUGCGUGGGUGUGAGAGAGAGACUGGCUCAUUGUUGGGGGGGGGAGUGUGUGGGUGUGUUCAGAGAGGACCCCCUUUAACUCUUGUGUUACUUCUCCCGGGGUACCUGUUCCAGAAAAUAAUAUACUGUACUAGUUUUGUUUACUUGGAGAAGAGAUUGAAGCUUUUUGUUGCCUUAUCUAGCUCUGGCUGGGUUUCUGUUGGCUACCAUUGUCAUCUCCAGGUACCUAAAAAACUAGAGGCCACAGUGAAAAGAAUUGUGGCCCCUCCCGUUCCUCUCCCCAUGCCCAACCCGCCUGACCCAAGAGGAAGGGUCCCCCGGUGCACUCAGACGUGACCCCUUGUCACGUCUCAGGCGUCUUUGAAGUAGCCACCAUUGGGUGCGUGUGGAACCAUCACGACUUCCAGCCCUGAAGCGAAUCUGUCUCAUGUUGCCUUAUAAAAGAGAAGCUUCGAAUGAAUGUUUAGCUUUUAUCGGUUAAGUCCAAUCUUGGAAUAAGUCAUAGAGAAUAACAAGACCGAGACUGAUGUAGGAGAAGCUGUCGUCUUAAAUUGAGAGCAGGAGGAGGUGGAGGAGAAGGAAGGAUGGAAACGUUGUCUUUAAAAAAAAACAAAACAAACCCUCCUCACCAGGGGCGUUCGUUCCUUGUGCCCUGCUCGGGAUGGGGUGGAGUAAGAAGGUUAAAAAGAACGUAUUCUUUGAUGUGAUCUUGGUCAUUGUAGUAGCGUUUGUAAACUAUGGGGGGAAAGGGGUCAUUUGCUUUCCUUUCAUGGUGUUCAUGUGUGCCUGAAUGGAGAGCCACUAAAACCUAAGGCUCUUCACCUGAGGUAUUUGAAUAUGAUGAGAGAAUAAAAGGUUGCCAUUCUUUUUUUAAUGUACCGAUGUGCUCCCCCUUAAAACAUUCGUGGCAUCUGGCAAAUACACCCUCCUAGGCUGGCCUGGCAUUUCCAGAUGUUGCUGCAUCAUCAGGAGAAGGUAAAAUGAAGAUAAAUCCAUUGCUGCCCAUUUGUCCUCUCUAAGCAGUCAGUGCAGGGAGAGGGAUGUUAGGGAUAAAUUGCCUAAUGAUAUUGUACGAAGGAUAGAUUCAAUAACAAAGUCAAUUUCAUUGAUAGAAAGUGCGUAUUUUAGCAAGAUUCCCAGUGUGCUGGGGCUCCGCCUUGGGGGUGUUUAUUUCUCACCUUCCUGCUAGGAACCCACUGGGGAAGUAGAAGAUUCUCUCCAAAGAGGGUUGCCUGGGCUGAAAGCCUCAGGAUACCUUCUGGGAACAAAAUACUAAUGAUUUUGGGGGGGUGCUGCUUGGAAGAGAGAGACUCUUAGCUUUCUUUCAGAAUAUUCACAUAGGUCCCUCCAACACACACACAGUCACUUUCCCAUCUGGUUUGUUUCAUCCCCCUGAAAGAAUGGUGUUCUCCCACUCUUAUUCUAUUUCAAAGAGCUGGUCUGUCUCAACCACAGCAGCCCUACCAAGCAAAAAGAUGAAAGGCUAGAGCAUGAGCUACCUUGGGAUUUCAAGAAGUGUCUUCCCCCAGCUGAAGAUGGACAAAGAAGGAUGGGGAGAGGGAGGAGGGGCAGCCGGGUACCAUGGACACCUUAGGAUGACUUCCUUGCCGGUCACUAAGGGCUUUUUAUCUCAGGUGUCCACAGCCAGUGGUGCAUUUGGCACCAGGCAUUCCCUCAAAAUGACUGACAUCCCUCCAGGCACCUCGUGGAGGCCUGGUGUCAGGGAAUUAUACCCGGAAAGUCCAGCCAGUGUAGCAGCUGAGUUCCCAUACACCCUUGAGGAUUGCCCUUCUUUAAAAGAAGAUAACAACUUUGCGAAUCUGCUGUAUCUUUAUCUGAUGCCCCAUGUGGCGUCAUCUUUAUGUACAUGCUGUCGUUGAGAAUAUGAGACUGCUCAAAUCUUUGUGAAUCCCAUGAUGCACUUCAGCUGGGGAUGUCACAAUCCUCUUUCCUGCUCCCUCCCUCCCUCCCUCCCUCUCAUCUCUCUCUGUUCUCUCAGCCCCAGCAACUUUCAUGGUAUUAUCCAGGUACUGUGCUAAAAGGGUAGCUCUUCUGUAAAAUGUCAUGCCUUGCCGCUUUAAAAAGCAAAAUCCUGUAUUCCAUGGAGAGAGGGAAGGGUGACUCUCUUCUAAGAAAAAUAGACUGGACAGGUGAAUGCAUGUAUGCAUGUUUAGAAUUGCUUCUCAGAAGACAAAGAGGUGAUAGCACUAUAAAUGAAUGAAUGAAUUGAAGGUCUAGCUCAGGCUGGUCAAGUGUUUGCCUUAGAGCUUCCCUAUUAACAGCUCUAGGAGGGGAACCCUGACCUCAGGGGUGGAAGGCCCUUCCUUGAUGUUAUGCUAGCAAUUGCUAUCCCCUAAUUGCCUGUAAAGGCAGGAGAAAAAAACAAAGGAUCAUAGCAUUGCCAUUGAUAAAACAGAAUGCUGAAAAUAAAUUCUUUUCCCUUGUCUCACAUGUUUGGAAUGAAAGCCAGAAUAGGAUAGGAAAUCCAGUAAUAGUUCUGAGGUUGAUACCCCAUCUUUAAGAAGAUCCUGUCUUUAAAAUGAAACUAGCAGGCAAGUAAACACCAAAAUUACCAAAGAACAGCAACUAAACAAGAAAACUUAAAAGAUUUUUACUUCCUAUUCUUAUCCCCUCGCCCUAUAUCUGUGACAUCUCUUGCAUUUGCUCAGUUGCCUGUGUGUCAAAAUAUCUUGUGGACGUUGGAAAUUAUUUGAAAAUGUAUUGUGUGGAAUGUAAUAAAAUGAUGAUAUUUUUAUACAAACA